AUGGAGGAAUCGCCAGGGAUGGACGAGAGGAGUGCAGAUCGGUUGCGGUACCCGGGCAGGAAGCGCGUGGCGGGGUUCGUCGGGGUAUUGACCGGUUUCGGCCGCAGCGGGCAGAGGCGCGCGCUGCUUCGCGAGACGUGGUUCCCUGGCACUCCCGAGGAGCACGCGCGGGUGGAAGCAGCAACGGGGCUGGUGUUUCGGUUCAUAGUGGGGCACGGAAGCGCAGAGGACGAGCAGAUGCUGCAGGAGAAAAACAGCACUCACGGGGACUUCUUCCGUGUGGACGUGCAAGAGUCGUACCUCAAUCUCAACCGCAAGAUAGCGCCUCUCUGCUCUGAUCGCCAAGCCAAGGAAGUCACCUCGAACAAGAGGUGGUUUGAGCCGCAGGCGUGGCUGCUGGGGUCGGAGUAUCACCUGUAUGCAUCGGGUGCCAUCUAUUUGCUCUCUUAUGACGUCUUCCAGAUUCUCAACUCCAUUCCCAACGGCAGGAUGAGGAUGCUCGUGAACGAGGAUGCAAGCAUGGGAGCGUGGAUGCUUGCCUUUGACGUGUCUCACGAGAAGACCCCGUCUCUCUGCCAGAAGAGAUGCUCGCGCUCUGCUGUGGCCAUCUGGGAUGCCCAGUGUUCCGGCAUCUGCCAUAUUGAAAGGCGAAUGAAGGAGCUACAUACAAACGGUGACUGCACUGCGAGCGCGUCGAAUGAAUUGGCCGACUCGGAAUUACAGCCCCUUGCCGCAGCCGCACCGGCGGUCGGACCGUUGGCGGAAUCUCCAAGCGGGAUGGACGACAGGAGUGCAGAUCGGUUGCGGUACCCGGGCAGGAAGCGCGUGCUGGGGUUCGUCGGGGUGCAAACCGGUUUCGGCAGCCGCAAGAGGCGCGCUCUGCUUCGCGAGACGUGGUUCCCCGCCACGCCCGAGGAGCACGCGCGGGUGGAAGCAGCAACGGGGCUGGUGUUUCGCUUCAUCAUCGGGCACGGCAGCGCGGAGGACGAGCAACUACUGCAGGCGGAGAACAGCACUCACGGGGACUUCCUUCGCAUCGACGUGCAAGAGUCGUACCUCAACCUCAACCGCAAGACUCUCGUGUUCUUCACGUCACUCUUCAAGCUCUAUGAAGCCGACUUCUCAUCAAGGCAGACGACGACAUCUACCUUAUUCCAG